AUGUCUGAUUCUACAAAAUCCUCACCAACGAAGAAUGAUGGUGUUCCAUCGCUACAACAAAUGGUAAUCAACACCAUUCCACUCUCAAGUAUACCACCUUUAAGUCCUGCGAAAAAGGUAAAGAAGGCUUCGAAGAAGGAGAAGACACCGCGUGUAAACGUCAACUCUUCAUCUCCCUCGGCUUCAAUUAAGAAAGCGAAGAAGAAGAGCAAGAAAUCAAAAUUUGAAUCGAGGAGUACUUUUACAAUGUCUGAGCUUCACGUUGAUCCACUUCCAUCGAGUGGUGCUGCAACGCCUGUCGCUGAUCCUACAGUUGAGAAUGCUGACGCAUCUGGUAAGAAUUCUCUUAAUCAAAACCUUGAUGUUCCAAAUCCUGCUGAAACCCUAGGUUUAAAGGACCCUGCUAUAUCUGGAAAUUUGGGGAAAAGUUCUGCUGAUAAAGAGACUGCUGCUGAUAAGGUUGUUAAUGAAAAUCCUGAAGUUAUAAUUGUCAAUGAAACAACUGUUAGUGAUAAAUGGAAAUUUGUAUAUCAUAGAAGGUUGGCUCUGGAAAGGAAUCUAAAAGAUGAUAUCCUUGAAUGCCAAAGUGUUGUUGAAGCUCUUGAGUAUGCAGCAAGUCCUGAAUAUAGGCAAGUCUUUGUUCGUGGGAAAUGUGUAAAAUUCUCACCAACUGUGAUCAACCAACAUUUGCAAAGAAGUUCUGAUGAGGUGGCUGCUCUAAAAGUCACAGACAAUGAGGUCUGCAAGGUCCUCACAGGUGAUGUGGCCAGAGGAUUGGGAAAAUUCAUCUAUGCUGUGGGUACUAAGGCAAAGUUUGAUUAUGGCUCCUAUUUCUUUCAUGAGACUUUAAGUCAUGCUAUGACCUAUGCUGUUGAGAAGCCAGUAGCCCUUCCCACUCUGUUAUGUAAUAUCAUCCUUGAGCAACACCCAGAUAUUCUGAGAAGCACUGAUGUUCCCUAUUUGACUGAGGCCAGCAGAGCACUUAAGGCCAGAAAAUUGAAAAUAGAUCGUGUAAUUGAGGCUCUCAAGGCUGAGGAAGCUGCUGAGAUUGCUGAGGGUGAGCCUGCUGAACAAGAAGGAGUGGAAACUAGUGGCUCUGAUGAUGACACUGAGGAUUUGAAGGAGGACUCUGAUGAAAGUUCUUCUAUAUGA